AUGAAGCUCUAUAUGUCCACAUCCGCAGCUCUUUUCAUAACACCUUCAUUUGCCUGCGACUUCCUCGAUAUCGGAAAGGACUGUAACUGGGAAGGGAGCUGGCCACUUUGCGGCACUACCGAUGACCACAUCGGGAUCAAGAUCGACGGCCGCACCCUGGUCGAAUGGACCAGGGAUAGGGAUUUGAAGGACAUCUGCAAAAAUGACAAGGAUCGUGAUGGGGACUGCUGCAGUAAUUAUGGACAUAGUUGCGUCUCUGGGUACAAACGGCUCUGGUGCAAACACUACACUAUGCGUGAUGCCGUUGAUGUCGCAGAUGAUGUCCUCGAUGGCGUUCUACCAGCGGUCCUUCCUUAG